AUGGCUAUCUACCGCGGUGUCCAGGCACUUCCAUUCGAAAUCCUUUCCAAAAUCUUCCUCCUCACCGAUCCUCUCGUCACUGCAGGCGUUUCUCAGCGUCAUAAAAACCCCUUAUACGCGAACAACGGUGAUCCGAUCGCCCUCUCUCGGGUAUGCAGCCAAUGGCGUUCUGUUGUCCUCGAUAUACCCCGCCUGUGGACGAAUCUCAACAUCAUGGACACGCGAAAUCUCCUCAGAAGAAACGAUCUGCGCUUCAUCCAGACUUUGAGACUUUGGCUUGAGCUGUCGGUAAACAUGCCCCUCGUUAUCGAGUUUCUCACAGACAUGGAGGAGGCAUGGGUGUUCACCCACUACAUGAAUGUGCUUGGAGAGCAUGCAGGGAGAUGGGAGGAAGUAUUCUUCACUACUCCUGGGCUUGAUUUCUCGGCGAUCAAUUUCGCUCGUGUCGAGCCUCGGCAGCAUACUUCCCUAAGCCAACCACAUUCCUGCUACCCAAUUCUUCGAGUCCUAUCCAUCGAAGCUGGUCCCGACCCUGGAGCUCUUGACGGUAUCCCACGUUCAUUUACCCUUCCAACUUCCUCCUUCCCGGCUCUCAAAGACUUGACGAUCGGGGAUUGCACUCUCUCAGGCUGGCACGCUCCCUGGUCACAACUGUCGAGUUUACACUACACUCAAGACCCCGCAGGGUCUCGCGAUAUAGACGACCUUCCAUUUUUUGCGCUACACGACUUCCUCACGGCCCUAUCUGACUGUCACGACCUAAACUCCCUCACCCUCGAGAUCGUGAAAGAGAUAGACGCCCAUAACGUCACAGUCGCCGACAGAGUGUGUCUCACCUCCCUCACCUCUCUGUCCCUCUCUGUUCCAGAAACAGAUCACCUUCUCGCCCUCCUCGGCAAUAUCUCCUGCCCGUCCCUCACGUCCCUCACCCUCACCACAGAGCUCCGCGAUCCAGAAGAAUGGGACCAAGUCAUCCAGGACGCUUUCCUCCAGUUCUUGAGUCCUUGCUCGCAGACGCUCCAUACACUCAGUCUCGAAGAGGGGUGCGGGAUUCCUGAUGAUUAUUUGAGGGAGGCAUUGUUCGGGCUUCCGAAUCUCAAGACUUUGAGGAUAGGCCAUAACAAUAUGUCGGCUUUCCUCUUCGACGCACUCACGCUCUACUUUGACUGCUUCUCCGACUCUGACGAUUCGGACCGCGCUGGGCCUGGACCAGACCCGCCGAAACUCAUCGCGGGAUGUAGCCCCAUCCUUGAGGAGCUGAUGAUUUAUAGACCUGUCUCUACGAGUGGGUUGGCCACGGAGGUCGAUCAUGAGGGGAAGGAAUAUGGUGGGUUGUAUCAUGAGUUUGUGAAGAUGGUGGGAUCGAGGUGGAAUGUCCCGACUGGUGCUGUGCAUAGGGACGGUAGAGCGAUCAAGAAGCUGCAGAGGUUAGUUGUUCAUGGAGGUGAUCUAGAGAUGAUGAAGCAAAAUGAGGGAGGCGGGAAUGGGAAGUUGUAUGAGCGGCUGGAUGGAUGGAAGGAAGAAGGUCUGGAGAUCAACCUUCACUACGAAACAUGA